AUGACUCAACGAACUGUUUUUGGUUGGACGCUAUUUGGAAAUGUCGAUGGAUUAGAACCUGCUGCACCUCGUCUACAGUCGCUGCAUUGCGAUGUGCAGUUGGAUAGGGCUCGUACUAGACUGUGGGAGUUAGAAGAAGCGCCGCAAAAGACCCACCUCACGUAUGAAGAGCGUCACUGCGAAGAACUCUUCGAAACAACGCACCGAAGAGCACCUGACGGUCGCUUUGUAGUUGAACUGCCGCUGAAACCCGACGUACUUCUGGGAGAUUCACGAAGUUAUGCUGUCCGAAGCCUACUACGUAUCGAGAGACGACUUGCUCGAGACGACGACCUACGACUACGCUACAAUGAGUUCAUGCAGGAACUUCUCGACAUGAAUCAUAUGGAGCUUGCACCGGAAUCAACGAAUCAAAUGUUUUACAUGCCGCAUCAUCCUGUUGUAAAGGAUUCGAGCGUUACCACUAAGAUGAGGGUCGUUUUCAACGCGUCAGCUAAAACCGCCACCGGAAAUUCGCUGAACGACGCAUUAUUUGUCGGUCCUCAACUACAGCAGGAUUUAUUUUCGAUUUUAACGCGUUUUAGAACGCAUCGCCAUGCAGUGGCCUCGGACAUUGCGAAAAUGUACCGCCAAAUAUGCGUAGCACCGGAGCAUAUUGAUCUACAGCGAAUUGUAUGGCGUCGAGAUCCGACUUUACCCAUACAAGACUAUCGUAUGCUGCGCGUAACUUACGGCGUGGCAGCCGCGUCUCAUCUAGCUGUUAGAUCGCUACAGCAAACCGCUAAAUAUUCGCAUAUUUGUGAUAAAGCUUCUGCUGCAAUCCACAAAGACUUUUACAUGGACGAUCUCAUCACUGGUACAUCGUCCAAAGAAGAGUUGCUACUUUUACAGCAAAACAUCUCAGAAAUCCUGAAAGAAGGUGGCUUCGAGUUUCGAAAGUGGGCAUCAAAUUGUACGGAACUUUGCGAAAAUAUUUCAAAUGCAUCGAAAACCAUAUCUCAUUACCUAGCCGACGGUGAGGAUGUCCACGCUUUGGGUCUAGUGUGGAAUACAGCAGAGGAUUACCUAACGUUCGUGGUUAAUUUGAAGAAGCCACCCGCUAUUUUAACGAAGAGAACGUUUUCAUCUGAUGCUAGCACGCUUUUGAUCCUCUGGGACUGCUCGCUCCAGCGACGAUAA